AACAAUGGCGGACUCACACCCCUCAGACCCUCCUCCCUCUUCCCAUCCGUACGCGCCCCCACCACUCCCCGCACCCUCCUCGAAAACCACCCCGCUCACAGCUGAUCCCCAGUAAGCCACCGUGACUCCGCCUCCCAAGCCGCCCCACCACCACCACCACCACCCCGCCCCAUCGCCGCCUGCCUCUUCGACAUGGACGGCCUCCUCAUCAACAGCGAAGACCUCUACACCCUCUGCACCAAUGCCAUCCUCCACUCCUACGGCCGCCCUUCCCUACCCUGGCACAUCAAAGCGCAACUCCAAGGCCGACCCGGUCCGGAAGCCGGAAAAAUCUUCCAGGCAUGGGCGCAGUUACCCGACCCGUCGGAGGUGGUGAUGGAAAAGAUUAAGGAGCAGCAGCGGAAACGGUUCCCGAGUUGCGCGUUGUUGCCGGGGGUGGAGGAGCUGUUGAAGGAAGUUGGGAAGGGGGUGAGGGAGGGGGUGAUGGAGGUGGCGUUGGCUACUAGUUCUCAUGCCGGGAAUUUCGCGCUGAAGACGGCGCAUCUGACGCAACAUUUCGAGGUGUUCUCGGAAGAGCAGAGAGUCCUAGGCGAUGACCCGAGGAUAGCUCCGGGAAGGGGGAAGCCGGCCCCGGAUAUCUAUCUCCUUGCGCUCAAGACGAUCAAUGACCGCCGUACACGAGAGGGGAAGCGCGAGGUGAAGCCGGAGGAGUGUUUGGUGUUUGAGGAUAGCGUCCCCGGUGUUGAGGCGGGGAGGAGGGCGGGGAUGCAGGUGGUGUGGUGUCCGCAUGAGGGGUUGCUGGAGGAGAUGAGAGGGAAGGAGGAUUUAAUAUUGGCGGGGCUGAUGGGGACGCAUGAGGAGGUGGAGGAGAAGAAUGAGGCGAUCGGGGUGAUGCAGUCUGGUGGGCAGGGCGGUGGCAGGAGGAAAGGCGCGCCGGGGGAGGUGGGGGAUGGGUGGGGACGGUUGUUUAGUACUCUUGAGAGGUUCCCGUGGGCGGAAUACGGGGUUGAGGUAUGAGGGCCAAUCAAAAGCGAUUAUGUGUGCGCCAAUAGAUCCUGUAGAGCGCAUAGACUCGGGGCCGCCACGGCCUCUGUAUGUAUGC